GUUUCUUUCCCCGCAUGUUUUAUCCCCACAGAAGGUCAAAAUGGCGAGUCGAUUUUGUCGACUUUUCCGACCUGCUGCAGUAACAAAGUUGUACCGAACACAGUUACUAAAAGCCACUCCAGUUGUUGCACAGUGUCAGAGAUUACAGACAACAGACUCUACAAACCAAACAUCUCCCACGGUGAGACCUCAGAACUUGCCCUACAGACAGCAGUUGAAAGACUUUGGGCAAUAUGUAGCUGAUUGUCUGCCAAAGUAUGUACAACAUGUUGUUGUAACUCACCACGAGGAGCUAGAAAUACUGAUACAUCCAGAAGGCAUUGUACCAACUAUUUCAUUCCUCAAGGAUCACCAUAAUACACAGUAUUUAAAUAUAACAGAUAUCGCUGCUGUUGAUGUACCCACACGUGAAAAAAGGUUUGAGAUUGUCUAUAUGUUAUUAUCACUACGAUUUAAUUCUCGUAUUAAAGUGAAGACUUACACAGAUGAAUUGACUCCUAUAGAUUCCCUAUGUUCUAUUUUUGCUGGAGCAAACUGGUAUGAAAGAGAGAUCUGGGAUAUGUUUGGAGUAUUCUUUGCCAACCAUCCUGACUUGAGAAGAAUUCUAACAGAUUAUGGAUUUGAGGGACAUCCAUUUAGAAAGGAUUUUCCACUAAGUGGAUAUGUAGAAGUUAGAUAUGAUGAUGAGGUCAAAAGGGUGGUCGUAGAACCCUUAGAAUUAACACAAGAAUUUAGAAAAUUUGAAUAUAAUACACCGUGGGAAGUAUUUCCUAAGUUCCGUGAAGUGGAGGAAGGUGGUGAGAGACCAGCUGAGGAAGAACCUAAACAAUGACAAUAAUAGUUCUUGUAUAUUAUCAUAGAUGUUUGUCUAUAAAUUAAGAUUAAAUGUGAUGUUUUAAA